ACGUCGAAAGCCAGGCUCCAUUUUGUGCAUUUCGGCGUUAUAAGAGUACGCGCCGACAGGAGCGCGCUGGAUUCACCGGUCGUCGCCAUGGUACGCGGUGUGGUUGUCUUCCUCUGCCUGCAGGCGUGCGCGCUUGCGGCUCCCACAGCCGGGGCGCCGUGGUCAGCCAGCGACGGCGGUCGCAUCAUCAACGGCACCGACGCCAGCAUCGCCGACUUCCCGUGGACGGUGUCGCUGCAGCUGGCGGGCGUCCACUGGUGCGGCGCCUCCGUCAUCGGCGACAGCUGGGCGCUCACGGCAGCGCACUGCGUCUUCCGGCACGAGGUGGCCGCCAUGAGCGUGCGGGCGGGCACGUCCACGCGGGGCAGCGGCGGGGUCGUCCUCAACGUCUCGCAGGCCAUCAUCCACGACGAGUUCAGCUACAUUACUGCCGAAUACGACAUCGCUGUUGUGCAGGUUGCUGAGCCCUUCCCGCUGGGCCCCACCGUGCAGCCCGUGGGCCUCCCCGCUGAGGGCUACGACCCCCCGGCUGGGCUGCCGGUCACCGCCACCGGCUGGGGCGCCACCCAGGGCGGCGGGGCGGCGGUGCAGCUGCAGAGCGCCGACCUCGAGGUGCUGCAGCGGUCCGAGUGCGAGGCGCGCCUGGGCCAAGUCCACGAGGUGACGGCCAGCAUGCUGUGCGCCGGGCACCCCAGCCGCGCCGUCUGCCACGGCGACUCGGGGAGCGCGCUCGUGCACGCCGGCACGCAGCUGGGGGUCGUCUCCUGGGGGGACUCAAACUGCCUCGGCCCGGUCGCCGUCUACGGCAACGUGGCCAGCGCCAGGGCCUGGAUCAGGGGCGUCACUGGAGUCUAG